UGCGAGACCCGAAAGCAAGCCGACGGUCGCCACCUGCGCGCCUGCGCGCCUCGCCUGCGCGGCUGCGCUCCGAUGCCACGUGCAUGGCGGAUGUGCUGCCUUCAGGCGCAAGCCGUGCGCUGCGCGCGGUGCAGGCGCUGGAUGCCUGGGCAUCCACCUCUGAGGUGCAAGAGGCGGUGUUCGGCAGCCUGGUGGCCUGGCAGCAGCCGCGCUGGGCCACCUCCGCGCUGGCCAAGCUGGCGGAGGCCAAGAAGGGCCAGGUCGCAGCGCAGGUGCUGACGGCCAUGCGCGAUGGCGCUGCGGAAACCUCCACCUUCCACUACAACGCGGCGAUCAGUGCGUGCGCCAGCAGUGGCCUUUGGCGCUGGGCCUUGCACCUCUUGCUGUCCAUGUCCACGCUCCGCGCUCCGUGCAGCGCCGUGAGCUUCGGCAGCGCCAUCUCCGCCUGCGAAACCUGCAGCGAGUGGCAGCGCGCCGUGCAGCUCUUUGCCAUGUGCGCUGAGGCGCGGCUGAGGCACAACAUCGUCAUCUACAACAGUUUGAUGAGCGCUUGUGCGGCCGCCAGCCGCUGGCAGAGCGCUCUUUGGCUCCUUGCAGAAGGGCAUCUUGCAGGCCUUACGCCGACAGUGAUCAGCUAUGGGGCAGCAAUCUCAGCAUGUGAGAAGGGUGGCCAAUGGCAGUUGGCCUCCUCAAUGUUGAUCUCCUCGCCGAAUUCGCGGGUGCAACCAAACACAGUGACUUGUGACUCUUGCAUCAGCGCUUUUGAAAAAGGCAGCCAGUGGCAGAUGGCAGUUGACUUACUCCGUUACAUGCAUCUCUCCAAAGUCCGGUGCGUCGACAUCAGCUUCAACGCUGCCUUGAGUGCCUUCGACAAAUCUGGGCGUUGGCAGUUGGCUGUGCAUGCCCUCGGUGCCAUGCGGCACCUCGCGGUGGGUUGGGACGUCAUCAGCUUCGACGCCUCCGUGAGCGCCGUGGGGGGUGCCGGGAAAUGGCGACGCUCCCUGAGGCUCCUGAACCACGUGGCUGCGUCCCAGGUGCGGCCUGUGGUCAUAACCUUCAACUCUGCCAUCAGCGCCUGCGAGAAAGGCGGGCAGUGGCAGCAUUCGCUGGGCCUCCUCGGGACGCUGAGCUCGGAGUGGACGAGGCCAAGCGUCAUCAGCUUCAAUGGCUCCAUCAGCGCCUGUGAGGCCUGUGGGGAGCCCUGGCCCAUGGCUUUGCAGCUGGUGGCGGCUUUGCACAAGGCCCAGCUGGAUGCCACGGGGGUCACCUUCAGCUCGGCCAUCAGCGCCUGCGAGAAGGGCGAGCGCUGGAACUGGGUCCUACGAUUUUUGGAGGGCUGGUUGCUGAGCAGGGCCCGCCCAGAUGAGAUUACCUGCCGCGCCGUGAUUAGCGCAUGUAUAAAGAGCGACUGGUGGGAGCAAGCCUUGAUCAAUUUGGGCGCCAUGAGGGAGGCUUCCCUGGCAAAGUUCCUGGAUUUGACUGGGUAAUGGCACCACGCCUUGCCGGAUGAAUGCGUCCGCAAGUGAAAAAGUGGGCCUUGUACAAAGAUUGCUUAGUGGCCGCUGCAAAGCUGAUGGCCGAGUGCCAAAGAUGCGCAACACCCUGGCAUUGGCUGCGUUGUGCUAGC